AUGUCAAAAAUAACUGAGGCAGAAGAUAUUCCUGCUUCGUCUGUGGAAUAUGUCAAGGAAGAUAUGGGAAUUUUUAAAGUACAAGGAGGACCUAGCACCUGCUACAUGGUUAAUUUUGGUCUUACGACUGGAGUUACACCAAGUUGUGAAUGCCUGCCCUGGAUGAAAUCAAGGCUGUUAUGCAAGCACUUCUUUGCAGUUUUUAGACACUGUCCCAACUGGGGAUUUGAUAAAAUUUCAUCACACUAUACAAAUCAAGCACAUAUAACCCUAGACGAACACGUUGUUACAGUCGCAAGAAAUAACGGAGCAAGCGAGGAUUGCCCUUUAACCCCAGCUUCAACUACAUGUAAGGAAGAGAAUGACAAUAUCCUACCUUCACCCAACCCAUGCACAAGUCCAACUCCUUCUGAAACAUCACCUGCAACGGAUGUAUUAAAACCUACACAGCUUAUCCAGAGUAGCUUAAAUACCAUUGCACGACAAUGCAGAGAAACUUUGCUUGAUGCCAAGAACUUGACAUAUUUAAUUCACAAUCCAGAGAUCCUUCGAGCUUUUAAUACAUCUCUGAGUGAGGUAGUAACAGUAAUGAAGUCAAAAAUCCCUGUUGAUCAUGGGCUGCUCCUGGAAAAGCAGAAAACCGCAAAAGAGAAGAGGAUAGCAAAGUUACGUUUGAAAAAGAAGAAGGACAGUAGUUCGCAUCACCUAUCCAACCUACCUAAACAGCAAAAAAGACACAUCCUUACUCUCAACGUGUAG